CUCUAUAUUGGGUAAUGGUGGAUGCGAAUCAAAAUCAGCCGAUCCCCGCGCUUCAAGUAUUGGUGGGUGCGGAUCACAGUGGCUGCUCUCCGCGUCUCAGAUUUCCUGGGCGUGUUUAUUUUUCUGAUUUUCUAAAUAUUUCCUCCCUAGCUAUGAUUGGUAUUUAAAAGGUUUAAAAGACUUGCCGGUGCCUCAAUAAUCUGAUCUUCAGUCAUAUUUUCGAGUUUCAAUAAAGAUGGUUAAUGUCUUGAAAGGCAUUCUCAUUGAAUGUGACCCAGCCAUGAAGCAGUUCCUGUUGUACUUGGAUGAUACAAAUGUUUUGGGGAAAAAAUUUAUAAUACAGGACCUUGAUGAAACUCAUUUAUUUGUCUUGGCUGAGGUGGUCCAUAUCUUACAAGAAAAAGUUGGAGACUUAAUGGAUCAGAAUUCAUUUCCAUUGACACAGAAGUAAAGUCAUGUGAUUAAAGAGCUUGAGCUGUUUAAGAAAUUAAUCAACAAUUCCAUGACCAGCUGGUGCAAAUAGCCUGGAAGACGUUAUUUGGAAGUGGUGCAUGUAGAAGACUUUUGCUUUAGUAUAAUAAUAUUGAUUCAAGUGCACCCGGAAAGUAACUGCUAUUGCUGGCAGUAACUAGAUUCACCAUGGGGUAUCAGAAGAUAUGUGAACUUGCUUUGGACAGAUUGACCACAUGUUACGAGGAAGCUUGCAAAGUUAAAAAGCCAUUUGGCAGAACAUGUACACUCCACCUUGCCAUGGGGCCUAAUCCAUCCAUCGAAUCGUGGUCCACCCCCCAAUGAAUUCAAACCCUUCUAAUUUAUGUUUGUAUUCCAAUGUAUACUUUUGAUGAAUUAUCACAUUCAUUAUUCCUCCAUUUACCUUUUGCUUACCAUAUAGAGUGUGCCUAUACAGGUCAACAUGCAUUAAAAAAUAUUUUUUGCCUUUAAAAAAA